CCUGAGCUGACCACUCCCUCACCCUCGCGCCCUCAAGGGCCUCUCCGGCGACCCACAUAGCCUUGUAGCCCUGGGUCCCUCCAAAGCUUACUUACCACCACGGUCUGGGGUCCCUCCUCACUCCAGUCCACUGCCACCCUCCUCGGGCCGCCUUAGGCGGGUGGGCCCUCAGCAGCCGCGUCCCGCGUGGGGAGGCCCAGUGUCCUGCAGGCACCUGCGGCGCGGCGCAGCGCAACGCAUCGUCACGGCUCGCCCCCUCCCAUCCCACACGUCUACCCAGCCUAGUCCUGCCUGCCAGCCGUCCCGCCCCGGGCCCUGGGCCCGACACCGCACACCCGAGAGCCCUGCUGAUGCCUCUCUGCCACGCUCCUCCCCACAGCACUCACACGCCAGGCCUCCUGGCACCCCCUCACAUCCGCCCUCUGUGCCAUCCCCUACACCCUGAGACCUCACUCAUGUGCCCGAGACCCCAACCUGCACGCGAACACCCUUCCGCGCGCUCCACUCACCACCACAGCCUCGACCCCGCACCCUCCCCCCCCCCCCACCGGCAGGCCAGGCAAGCCGCGCUGGCGGCGGUGGCGGCGGAGGCCGGUCCCUGGGCCGGGACACACCCACCCGCCCGCCCGCCCUCCUUCUUUCCCUCCCUUCCUCUCUCCUUCCCUCCCUCUCUCCCGCCCUCCCGCCCUCGCUCCUCGCUCGCUCCUUCCCUCUCGCCUGCCCGCCCUCUCCCGCUUCCCGCGGCGCCUGGCCUCCCGCUCCGCCUCUCGGUGCGCUCGCUGCUCUCCCGGGCGCGGCUCCGGGGUUCAUGGUGACGAGGCGGCCGCCGCAGCUGGAGCCCAGCAGAGGCGGCGGCGGCGGCGGCAGGAGCUGGGGCGCGGGCCCGGGUCGCCUCUUCCAGAGCGCGGGGCCGGGCGGCGGGCGCGCCCAGGUGGCGGCUGCGAGCGCCCCCGCGCGCCCCCCGCGCCGCGGCCCCGCGCGCCUGGCUUGCGGGGGGCCGGGCCUGCGGGCGACCGCCACGCCGCGCACCCAUGGACGGCCCGGCCAUCAUCACCCAGGUGACCAACCCCAAGGAGGACGAGGGCCGUGUGUCCGGCGCGAGCGAGAAAGCAUCCCAGUGCAACGUCAGCUUGAAGAAGCAGAGGAGCCGAAGUAUCCUUAGCUCCUUCUUCUGCUGCUUCCGGGACUACCAUGUGGAGGCCCCUGCGUCCAGCAACCCCAGUGUGCUUCCCCCUCUGGUGGAGGAGAACGGUGGGCUUCAGAAGCCACCUGCUAAAUAUCUCCUUCCAGAGGUGACGGUGCUCGACCAUGGGAAGAAAUGUGUGGUCAUUGAUUUAGACGAAACCUUGGUGCACAGUUCCUUUAAGCCUAUUAGUAAUGCUGAUUUUAUUGUGCCGGUUGAGAUCGAUGGAACUAUACAUCAGGUGUAUGUGCUAAAGCGGCCACAUGUGGACGAGUUCCUGCAGCGGAUGGGGCAGCUCUUUGAAUGCGUGCUGUUCACCGCCAGCUUGGCCAAGUACGCAGACCCCGUAGCUGACCUCCUGGACCGCUGGGGUGUGUUCCGGGCCCGGCUCUUCCGUGAGUCCUGCGUUUUCCACCGUGGGAACUAUGUCAAGGACCUGAGCCGCCUGGGGCGGGAGCUGAGCAAAGUCAUCAUUGUGGACAAUUCUCCUGCCUCGUAUAUCUUCCACCCUGAGAACGCAGUGCCUGUGCAAUCCUGGUUCGAUGACAUGACGGACACGGAGCUGCUGGACCUCAUCCCGUUCUUCGAGGGCCUGAGCCGGGAGGACGACGUAUACAGCACGUUGCACAGACUCUGCAAUAGGUAGCCCCGGCCUCAGUCGCUGCACCACCCAGCCGCUGCCCUCCGCACUGGGAACCGCGGCCUCCGCCCGGCUCCAGGCCUUGGGCUCAGUGUGGCCA